AUGGAACCCUUCGUCACGUACUCCAAUAGCAUCGUCAAGCCGAUCCAGUGCAGGAGAAAACAGUUCAGCCUCCGAAGAGAUGGGAUGAGUGACUCAUGGUUGGGGAUCGUAUACCCUGAUAAGGAAUUCCAGGACCGUGAGUACUCGUCGGUCUGGUGUGUAGAUUCUGGAUCCGUAGUUCCGGGAUUCCUUUACCGCCAGUUCUCAUCCCCCAAUGACGAUGGCCAUCAUGCCAAUGACCCCCAGGACUGCGUGGGACUUUUGAGAUUCAGGCCUUCAGGAUGA